UAUGAAAGUUGAAAAACUGAAAUAAAUUACAGAAAUCAAUGAAAUAAAAUAGGAUUAUUCAAAAGGGUUGUAAUUAGGAAAAACAAGUGAAAAUGCAUUGAGGAUUAUACAUUUGAAAUUAGAAAAGCAAAGAUUAAGAAGGAAAUCACUUGAAACUAAGACAGAAGUUGAAGAAGAACACCUUCCUUAAGUUCAAUAGGUUUCGAAACCACCUUUACCUCGUAGGACUAUAAUUGCCAAUAAAGAAAAUAUUAUUCAAAUGCCAAAUAUCAUAUAAAAGUAAAAGGAAGUUGCAAAAUAAAUAUAGACAAAAAAGAGAAGACUAUCUUAAAGAAUAAAAAUGAAAAAGAGUGAACCUACUCUUGAAUUUAGUCCUUGGGAGAAUUAUGAAAAUUAAGAAUUCGAUUUUUUUUGA